AAUUUUAAAAAGAUAGUUCUUUCGGCACUCUGGGAGGUAGCUCCCGGUUGGCGCGGCAGUUUGAUUGUAGUGUGCAAUGCUGCAGAAGUCUUGUUUAUUUUCAGCGUGCUGAGUUUGUAAAAUGUUUAACUCGAUUAUCGGUGUUACUGUUUCUUUCUUUCUGUAUUGAUGUGGGGUGGUACUAUUUUGUUUUGUCUACCCCCCAUGCAUACCCUCUGCACUCCUCCACUGGUAGGUAAUACAGAUUAUUGCAAAUCUUCUGAUAUUGAUGAUUGCGUCCUUUCUUGUAAAUUGUUUCUCUGAAGUUGCCGUUAACUUAAAUUGCUCUGCCAUUAUUAUUGUGUGAGUUAUUAUUGGUGGCGUUACUCCUGUGCUGUGAUGUGUUUUAUAUGGUGUGUCUUCUCUUUUCUCUCCACUGGCUAUGUGGCAAACAGGCUACACUCCAGGCAGUCUCUUCUGCUGAUGUGUGUGUGGGUCUGGUAGUGGUACUCUCUCUAUCCUAUUAUUUUCCUUUCGGCAUGGUUAAUACCUGCCUGGCACCCAAACAAAAUCUUUAUCUUUACCCCUCUCUAACAAUACCUUCAUCAAUGUUUUCUUAUUCCUUGAUAACCUUCUGCUAGGAGCAAGUUACACAGGAAAUGUUCCUUGACUAUUAGUAUGCGGCCUCAAUAUGGGAGUUCUACGUAUGUUCUACAGGAGCUGAAAGGGUUAAUGAUGGGGAAAGUGAAGCAGGUUUUAGAACAGAAGUAAAAUGGCAUGUGACUGUCUGAGGAACUAUUUGUGAAAUGUUGCGUAUUCCAUGAUCACAUUACAACUACUGUAAACCCUUGUUAGACUAAGAAGCAUGUCCUCUUCUGCGUGUGGUGAGUAAAACAGUAAGAAGUUAUAUAUUUUCACAUUUACCUCUGUCUUGUUUAACAGCUUUUGUUCAGUUUGACUACUUCAGUAUAGUAUUAUUUACCAUUACAUGAAGUUAACAGUUUAGGAACCAAGUUGGUUAAUUGGAUUACCCAUAAGUAGGGCUGUCAAAUGAUUGAUUAAUGUAUGCAAUUAUAUGAUCAACUCUGGUCCAUAUAGUUAUUCGCCAUCAUGUGACAUGACCAAGGAAAGGUUUCUAGGGUUAUGUGAUGUCUUUCAGUGAAUACAGCAUUGAUUAAUACUAUCACAUUGUUAAAAUGACAGUAAGUAAAUAUGAAUAUGGCACAAUCAUAACUUGUAUCUUCUGAGUUCGGCACUAGAACAACUGAUGAAAUAUGAUUGCACAUUUUUUUGCAGUCUGUUUUCAUUCUGAAAUUAACGAAAGUCACAUGUCCUACAUCUAUGAUGACGCAGUUAUUGAACAUAUUUUGUAUUUGUCUUUUAUUUACAUUAGAUCUCAAGUAGCUUAUAAGUCGAAUACAUCAGGAAGAGUCUUGAGAAGAACCUCACUGGACAAGACACUUUUUCUUCCAAAAAAGGAAACGAAGCUCCUUAAUAUGGAACUGAAAGUAACCUUGUCAGGAAAAGGAAAUGGGUCUACAUAUUCUCGGUUGAGUUUCUUUCUAUGCAUUCUUCUGUAUUUCUGGGUUCUAUUUAAUCCAGUAAAUGGCUACUCAAUGAAACACUGCAGAAUUAGGGAAUCUCUAAACACGUCUGUGCUAUGUGACGGCAGGAACCUCAAUGCCGUACCAGCAGACAUCCCAUUAUUGGUGAGAUCUGUAAACAUAGCAAAGAAUAACAUUUCACAGAUAAAAAGGGAGGACUUCAAAGAUCUAACAAUCCUCAAAAUGUUAAUCAUGUACAGCAACAGGAUUUCUCAUGUUGAGAAUGGGUCUUUUUCAGACCUGGUGGCUCUAGAGCAGCUGAAUCUGGCCUUUAACAAACUCACAUCCCUCUCAGACCAAAUGUUUAAGGGCCUGGACAACCUCACAGUACUACAAUUGGAGAACAACCACAUCUCAAGUAUUGCCUCCUCAUCUUUUCAGUUACUCUUCAGCUUGAAGGUACUGAACUUAACCAGCAACAAACUACAUUGUUUCAAGGAGCUGAAGCACAUUUUACAAUUGCCAAGCUUGCUGAAGUUGUUCAUUGGGAACAACAGCUUGAACUCUUUGCAGUCACAGGAAAUAUCAAAUAGGUCAAUAGGGCUGACAGAGCUGGAUCUAUCCAGGAAUCCUCUGGAGAUCUUCAGUGUCACAGCAGAUAUUUUUCCCUAUCUUAAGAAACUAGACCUCUCCUUCUGUGGCAUUAAUGGAAGCAUGGAAUGGGAUGUAGCGGACAGGUAUUUUCUGAGUAAUGUGAGCAGCCUCGACUUGAGUGGCAUUCACAUGUCUUUACAGGGGAUUGGUUCGGUGCUCCAGAGCAUCAACUUUUCGUUGGCAUCUCUGGGGCUGGAUAAAAUAGGAAAAGAUAACCUCAUUAAUGUAGCCUGCCACAUACCUACACUGAAGACCCUCCGAUUGCAAUGUAACAACUUCAGCAGUGUCUCUGACAAGAUGCUGCAGUCCUGCACACAGGUGACUGACCUGGACAUAUCAGGUAAUAAUAUUACUGACCUGUCAGAAGCUGCUUUUCGAUCAAUAAAAGAUCUUAAAACUCUGAGACUAGGCUAUGAUGGCCUCUCUUCUGUGCCGAAUGCUACAAGGAAUCUCCGCACAUUAAAAAAAUUGGAUCUCAGCCACAACAUCAUCAAAACUUUAGGCUGCUCGGAUUUCUCCAAUCUAAGAAGACUUGAAAAACUCUAUCUUAACAACAAUUUAAUCUCAAAACUUGAAGGGUGUGUUUUCCUGGAUUUAAGGGCCUUAAAUAGCCUGACACUUAGAAGGAACAGAAUCCUAAACGUGGGCGACGCUUUCACAAAGGGUUUGCAACAUUUAAAGAGCUUGGAUUUAGGAUUCAAUAAACUAACCAACAUCAGAACAAAGGACUUCAAAAGCUUAAGAUCACUUGAGGAUUUGGCUUUAUAUGACAAUGAAAUAAAGACACUGGAUGAUGGGGCCUUUGUGGGUUUGGCCAAACUUAAAAAUCUUGUCCUGCUAAACAAUGUUAUAGGUAAAAGUGAAAUCCGGGGUGCUGUGUUCAAAGGACUUAGAAGCUUAAAAACUCUCAAUAUGGCUUCCAAUGCUAUCAAAUAUGAAAAAGAUGAACAACUACUACAACCACCCUUCACUGACCUGUCAUCUCUGGAAAACCUCUACAUAUUUAGUCAGCAUUAUAGUAAGUAUAUGAGACAGUCUUGUCUACCUUCCAACUUUCUUGAAGGUCUGAACAUGUUAUCAGAGUUCCAAGCAGGGAAUCUUCAUAUUGCGACCCUGCACCCUGACACAUUCAUUCACACACCCCAGUUGUUGUCCCUUGAUAUCAGCCAGAAUUUCUUCCAUGCCCUCUCCCCAGAGCUCUUUCACCCAAUCCCCAAGCUUAAAAGACUCACCAUCUCCAAAACUGAACUUGAGUCAUUAGAUUUCCUUAUAGAAGCCAAUCUCACUCAAGUACGUUUCUUAAAGGUGAGACAGAAUAAAAUUAAAUGGACCAAUGAGACAGUGCUGCACUCUCUCCCAGCCUUAACUCUCCUGGAUAUGCAAAGGAAUCCUUUCAUUUGUGACUGCAGAAAUGCUUGGUUUGUUCAUUGGGCUGAGAGCAACAACCAAACACAAGUUGCUUAUGCCCAUGACUAUCCAUGUAGCUAUCCAGACGAUCUCAAGAACACUAAACUGUUGGACCUGGACACCCACUCCUGUUCAGUGGACCUAGGCAUCUUCUACUUCAUCUCAACCACUUCUCUGGUCCUCCUCACCCUGCUGGGGUCCUUUAUCUAUCAUCUCCUGAGGUGGCAGGUGGUAUAUGCCUACUACCUCUUCCUGGCUUAUCUCCAUGACUCCAAGCGGAGGAACAGACAAACUCCUCAUCAGUACGAUGCCUUCGUUUCCUACAACACCCAUGAUGAAUGCUGGGUCGUGAGGGAGCUGCUGCCAGAGUUGGAGGGAGAGCAGGGCUGGAAGUUGUGUCUUCACCACCGGGACUUCCAGCCAGGUAAACCCAUCAUAGAGAACAUCACAGACGCCAUCUACAGGAGCAGGAAAACCAUCUGUGUGAUCACCCACCGAUAUCUGCAGAGUGAGUGGUGCUCCAGAGAGAUCCAGGUGGCCAGCUUCCGUCUUUUUGAUGAGCAGAAGGACGUGCUGAUCCUGGUGUUUCUCGAAGAGAUCCCAGACCACCAGCUCUCACCCUACCACCGCAUGAGAAGGCUGGUGAAGAGACGCACCUACCUGAGCUGGCCAAGAGUUGGGGAGGACACAAGGGUCUUCUGGCAGAAACUCCAGGUGGCUUUGGAGACCAGGGACUGGCCUGCUGAGGAGAACCCCAUCCUCACCGGGGUGGAGAGGCAGUGACAUAGACAACUGUCAUGCUCCGAUUUAUUUUAUAUUUUUGGUUUUAACUUUUAAAUAUUUAUUUUAUAUGUUACAUGAUUGAAUAACAUUAACCAAUGAUAAUACUUAAUUAAUCCAAGGUUAUAAUAGGCCUACACUUGCUUAGUUACAUGUGUUGAUUACUACUUCUAUUAACCUAGCUGGUAUUGCUCAUUCUGAUACUUAACUCUUUUUUUAACUUUUCGCAUUGUGUGUGUUGUUCUGUAUUGCUAGAUAAUAUUGCACUGUUGGAGCUAGAAAACACAAGCAUUUCGCCUCAUCUGCGAUGACAUCUGAAAAUCUGUGUGCGUGACUAAUAAACAUUCAUUUGGUAAUUGUCUUUGGAAUGAACAGCUCUCCUAUGAUGGAGCAUUUUCAUUAUUACAUUCAACUCACUUCGUACAAUAUGUAUUGUACCUUGUCAAGUUGAAUAAAGAACACUUGCUAUA